AUGAAUAACCGUAUUGUGUCGGAAUUCAUGUCUACUUUACGAUCAAAGUAUUCGUUAUUAGGUAAGAAUCAGAGAUGGAUACUAAGUGUGGGGAGUGCUGCAGCUGUUACAUUUGGUACCGGCUAUUAUUUAACAAAAUAUAGAGAUUCUCGUGGAACCUUCUUAUCUCCGUAUACGUAUUCUAAUUCUUACAGUGAGAAGUAUAGAUAUCCCAAUCAAUUAGAAAAUUAUUUAAAACAAGCCGUAUGGGAUGAAAGUAAUAAUUCCAAUUACAAUUAUACGGAUUCGCUUCAUAAAUAUAUUGAAGUGUUAAAUAAACUACAAGAAUUGAAUGUGAACCCUUUAAGUGAUGAAUAUACUAGAAUAGAAUUGAAAAUUGCAGAAAUGUUUGAAAAAUUAGACUUACAUGAAAAUGCAAAAAAUAUUUAUUUGGAGAUGUUAUAUAGAUUUUUUGAAUCUUUGAAUACUUCAGGGGUAGUACCAGACGAAAUGAGACCUGAAUUGAUUAGAAAAGAUUUGAGAGUGUUAAUUAAAUCCUUGGAAGUGAAUAAAGAUUUGGAUAUCGGUAAAAGAAAUUUAUUAGCACAUUUAUUACUUGCUCAAGAGGAAAUAUUAAUCAGAUCACCAGAAUUGAAAAAAUUCUUUGACUCUAAGAGAGAGAAAGCUGAAAAAUUAGUAAAAGGUAGACCGAUUGAUGGCUCUGAUUUCAAGCCUUUUGUAAGCGAUGAAAAUUUGAAAUUUAAUGAAGAUGGAUAUAUGAUAAUGGAUAUUCAAAAGAAUACUAGUGCUUGGGAACCUUUUAAAGAAGAGUUUUUUACCGCAAGAGAUCUGUAUACUGCAUAUUGUCUGUCUGCUAAGGAUGUCCCUUCGGCAUUAAGUUGUAAAAUGACUACUGUACAAUGGAUGGUUAUGGCAGAUAUGCCACCCGGUCAAAUUUUAUUGGCACAAGCAAAUUUAGGUGCUCUGUUAUAUUUACAAGCAGAAAAGUUUGAAUCUGAUUUAUUUCAAAUAGAUAGUAAAUGUAAGAUGGAUCCACGUUUUGUAGAAGAUGAAAAAGUGGUAAAAGCAUUAAGAUAUUUAAGGAAAAAUAGAGAUACAUGUUUACAAAUGGCUAAUCAAUGUUAUGAUUCUAUUUUGAAAUUCUCUAAUGAGCAUAAUAAACUAAGAUACCAUAUGAAGGACCAAUUGGAUUCUUCCAUCCCCCAAGCCAUUGCAUUAUCUACCUAUGGUAAAGGGAUUCUUAACUUGCAUAAUGGAAUACUUCAUAAGGCGGAACGUCAUCUUUCAGACGCUAUAUCGUUGGCAAAGGAAACUGAUUUUGAAGAGCUGUUGAAAGAGGCAGAAGGUGAAUUGAAAAAAACAAAGGAUCUUAAAAAACAUAACAACUCUUUGAACAAAAAUACAAAAGUACUCUGA